UUCCAAUUCCACUUAACUCUACAACGAACUCAUUUAGAUCUCCAGAUUUCCUUGGAAGCAGCCACACUUACCAACUUGCUCCAAGAGUGAGAGAGCGAGAGAGAGAGAGCGCGGUUAAGUGAUCCACAAGAAAAAAAAUCCAAGUUGGUGAUUAUUUCAAGAAUCGGGAAACUGUGCAAGAUGGAGGACCCUGUGCAGCUGAAGGAAGAAGGGAAUAAGUUCUUUCAAGGCAAUGAUUACGAGAAUGCUAUUAAAAGCUACUCCAAAGCACUUAAACUUACUAAAGAUCCAUCACUCCAGGCUGUGUUAUAUCGAAACCGAGCAGCAUGCUUUCUGAAAAAGGAGAAAUAUGCCCAAGUGACUACAGAUGCAACUAAAGCUAUUGACAUCAACCCUUCUGAUAUUAAGGCUUUAUACCGACGUAGUCAGGCCCUGGAGAAACUUGGAAAGCUGGAUCAGGCCUUCAAAGAUGUCCAGAGGUGUGCCACCAUUGAACCUCGGAACCAAAGUUUUCAAGAGACCCUUCGACGUCUGGGCAUUACUAUCCAAGAGAAGUUACGUUUUCAAUUCUCCACUGAUGCCAGAGUGCAGCAAAUGUUUGAAAUCCUCCUGGAUGAAAAGAGUGAGAAAGAGAAGCGAGAGAAGGCUGCAAACAACCUCAUUGUUCUUGGCCGAGAAGAAGCAGGAGCAGAGAGGAUAUUCCAGAAUAAUGGCUUGAAUUUGCUUUUGAAGCUAAUAGAAACUAAAAAUCCUGAGCUGAUCCUGGCAGCAACAAGGACCUUUUCAGGGAUGUGCACAAGACACAUGGCACGGGCCACUGCAAUACUCCACAUGCUGGGGAUCAACAAAAUCUGCUUAUGGAUGUCCAUAGAUCAUGAAGAGAUCUCAUUGGCGGUCUCCAACAUGUUGCAGGCCAUAAUCGACUCUUUAACUGGAGAAGGCAAGAAGGAAGAACAUGGGAAGGAGGAUGCCCUGGUGCUGGACACAAAAAAAGAUAUAAAGGCAAUCAUUGCUCAUCUUCUAGAUAUGCUUCCCAGUAAAAAGGUAUCUGGUCAUGGCCGGGACAGGGCUCUCAAUUUACUCAACAAAAAUGUGCCAAGGCAAGACCUGAAAAUCCAUGACAAUAGUCGCAGUAUAUUUGUAAUUGAUAAUGGUCUAAAAAAGAUUUUGAAAGUUGCUGGCCAGAUUCCAGAGAUGUCCGAUUGUCUCCCUCUAACAGAUAAUACACAGCUCACAGCUUCAGUUCUUCUGAACAAAUUGUAUGAUGACUUGAGAUGUGACCCGGAAAGAGAAAACUUCAGACUGAUCUGUGAAGAGUACAUAAGGAGUAAAAUUGACCCCAAGGAUAUGGACAAGACUUUACAUGCCAUCCAGACAGUGUCUGGAGUUCUACAAGGACCUUAUGAUUUGGGGAACCAACUCCUGAGCAUGAACGGUGUCAUGGAGAUGAUGGUAGCACUGUGUGGCUCAGAGAGAGAGAUUGAUCAGCUAAUAGCUGUGGAAGCUCUCAUCCACGCUUCAACCAAACUUAGUCGGGCCACAUUCAUCAUCACCAACGGAAUCACCCUGCUGAAGGAAAUUUACAAAAAGACUCUGAAUGAGAAGAUCAAGAUCAGAGCUUUAGUGGGGCUUUGCAAGCUGGGUUCUGCUGGAGGAACCGACUAUGGCCUGAGACAAUUUGCAGAAGGGUCCACUGAAAAGCUAGCAAAACAAUGCCGCAAGUGGCUGUGCAAUCCCACCAUUGACACCCGUACCCGAAAGUGGGCAGUGGAAGGCCUUGCUUACUUGACUUUGGAUGCCGACGUGAAGGAUGAUUUUGUACAAGACGAGCCAGCCAUGCAAGCCAUGUUCGAAUUAGCCAAGACAAGCGACAAGACUAUCUUGUACUCCGUGGCCAGCGUCUUGGUGAACUGCACCAACAGCUAUGAUGUCAAAGAACUUGUCCCUGAACUUGUACAGCUGGCCAAGUUUUCUAAGCAGCAUGUACCUGAGGAACAUCCCAAGGACAAAAAAGACUUCAUUACAAACCGAGUGAAGCGUCUUAUCAAAGCCGGAGUCACCUCUGCCUUGGUCUGCAUGGUGAAGGCAGACACUGCUAUUUUGACAGAUCAGACCAAAGAACUUUUAGCUAGAGUUUUUCUCGCUUUGUCUGAUGACGCCAAGGAUCGUGGUACCAUUGUUGCUCAAGGGGGUGGAAAGGCCCUUAUACCACUGGCCUUGGAAGGCACAGAUGUUGGCAAAAUAAAAGCAUCCCAUGCCCUGGCCAAGAUUGCUGCCGUUUCCAACCCUGACAUAGCAUUCCCUGGGGAGAGAGUGUAUGAAGUUGUGCGGCCACUGGUCAGUUUGUUGAAUACUGAGCGCGAUGGGCUACAAAAUUAUGAGGCAUUGUUAGGACUCACCAACUUUUCUGGAAGAAGUGACAAACUCAGACAAAAGAUCAUCAAAGAGAAAGCUCUACCAGACAUUGAAAACUAUAUGUUUGAAAACCAUGAUCAGCUCCGACAAGCAGCCACAGAAUGUAUGUGCAACCUUGUAGUUAAUAAAGAGGUUCAAGAUAGAUUCAUUGCUGAAGGAAAUGACAGACUCAAGUUGAUUGUCCUGUUAUGUGGCGAAGAUGAUGACAAAGUCCAGAAUGCAGCCGCGGGAGCCCUUGCGAUGCUCACUGCAGCUCAUAAGACACUCUGUCAUAAAUUAACCCAAGUGACAACCCAAUGGCUGGAGAUUUUGCAGAGACUCUGCCUUCACGAAAAGCAGGAUGUCCAGCACCGUGGAGUGGUGAUUGUUUACAAUUUAAUCCACGCAGACCAAGAACUGGCAAAGAAAUUGGUGGAGUCUGAGAUGUUGGAAAUCCUGACCAUCAUUGGUAAAGAAGCGGAUGAUCCUAAAAGACAACACAUUAUCAAUGUGGCUCGAGAAUGCCUUGUGAAGUUCAUGGACUAUGGGUUGAUCAAACCCCUGGCUCAGCCAUAAAGAAGCAAGGAAAAAUAAAAUGACACAAAUCAGAAAUAAAGGAGAAAUUGGAAUGAAUGUGUAUGGGAAAAUGAUCAGAAAAUUAAAGCAUUGUCUUCAAAGUUGUUACUUAUACUUUUGCCUUCAGAAAUAAACAUCCAAAUAAUUCCUAAUUAA